UGAGUUUGAAAUAUGAAUAUAAACAUUGUAUAUUGAAAUAAUACUAAUUUGUUUUAAAUUUUUGGAGGGAAAGUCAAGAAGUCAGGUUGCGGGAUUUCGCGCACAUAUUACAUGUUGUCAAGUGUUUUGGAUGUCGUUAAUUAUCAACUAUUAACAGCAAUUUUUCCGUCACAUGUCAAUUUUUGUAAUUUUGACAUAUUUGCUGUUCACAACCUGGGUGAAAGUUUAGUCAGCCAAAUGUGGUUAUUUGUAAUAAUGGAAACUCAAGCAAGAAUUGCAUUAGGCUGGGAAAGUCCCCAUGAAUGUAAUGAGUAUGGAUUGUCUGAGAAGGGAAAAAUUUAUUCUACCCUAAUUUUUGAAAUUCCUUUAGCACAUCAUCGAAUUCAGUACAGCUUCCGAAAUGUCUCUCUUACGUCGUUUAAAAUAACUCUUUAACAUGAAGCAGUACAAACAGCACUGGG